UGUAUAGCCUUCGUUAAAUUUAUAAGAGAAGCCAUGCAGUUGUUUCUUGUUUUUAUGUUUGUAUUAUGUUUACAAACUGUACAGUCUAACAAAAACGCUAUACGUCUGUUACUGAAUGACCCUGCGCUGAUCAUGGAGCGACUAAGUCAACUGGAAAAUACCGUCCAACAACAGACAGUAACUAUUCAGAAACAGGCAGCAUCUAUUCAGACUCAGGCACAACACAUUCAUCAACUGCAAAACGAAGUUAACAGUACAGCAAAUAUGACUCCAGCUUUUUUUGCUAUUCUGACGACAAGUUCAUCUAUAGGGAAUGCCGAAAUCCUCAAAUUUAACAAUGUCAAAACGAACACCGGAGGCGGAUAUGACGUAGUCACUGGUGUGUUUAUAGCUCCAAAGGCUGGCACUUAUCAUUUCACGAGUGUUGUUUAUACACAAGGUACUGAUGACGCCGUCGUGCAGUUGAACAAGAACCAAGAUCUCCUUUUAAGGGGAUAUUCCGUUGGUACGACCCAUGCAGAGUCUCACACCAUGAAUGCUAUUGUUGCUCUUCAAAAGGGUGAUCAUAUUUAUGUACAACAUAGAGGUGGUUCUUCGGAUGCAAUUCUUGGUGACUCUCAUUCAUCUUACUCUGGAUUUUUGAUAUCCGAAUAAAGUUGAAAAAUUCAA